UGUAGAUGGCAGCUGCUGCCUGUGAAGGACUUGCGCCCGUUUGACCCUGCCCAGCGCUCCAGUUGCUACCAUGAUCCUCUGCAUGCUGCUGUUGGCCUCACUGCCCAAGCCGUCUGGCACUGAAGUCAACCCUGCCAUAUGCCGUUAUCCUUUGGGCAUGCAGGAAGGAACAAUACGGGAUGAAGAUAUCACGGCUUCCAGCCAGUGGUAUGAUUCCACAGGACCUCAGUAUGCACGGUUACAAAGGGAAGAAGGGGAUGGAGCAUGGUGCCCAGCUGGCUUGUUGCAGCCGGAAGAUGUGCAGUUCCUCCAAAUGGACCUACACAAGCUCUUUUUCAUCACCCUGAUUGGGACGCAGGGACGGCAUGCCCGUGCCACAGGCAAGGAAUUUGCUCGGGCUUACCGGAUUGACUACAGCCGCAAUGGAGAGCGCUGGAUCUCCUGGAAAGACCGUCAAGGCAGGCAGGUGAUCCAAGGCAACAUCAAUACUUAUGACGUGGUCUUAAAAGAUCUUCGGCCUCCCAUCAUUGCUCGUUUCAUCCGGGUGAUUCCUGUGACAGAGUUGCCAAUGACUGUCUGUAUGAGAGUGGAGCUCUAUGGCUGUGUCUGGUAUGAUGGUUUGGCAUCCUAUAGCAUCCCUGAAGGAGGGAUGAUAGCGGCUCCUGGCUUCCCCAUCGUUUAUCUGAAUGACUCAACCUACGAUGGCUACCAUGAGCGCAGGCACUUGUAUGGAGGCCUGGGCCAGCUGACGGAUGGCGUGCUGGGGCUGGACGACUUCACGCAGAGCCACCAGUACCGUGUGUGGCCAGGCUAUGACUACGUUGGCUGGAAAAAUGAGAGUUUCAGCACAGGCGCUGUCGAAAUGGAGUUUCAGUUUGACCGGCCGAGGAACUUCACCUCCAUGAAGGUGCACUGUAACAACAUGUUUUCCAAGGGAGUGAAGAUCUUCCAGAAGGUGGAGUGCCUGUUCAAACCACGCCUGAUUGCGGACUGGGAGCCCGAGCCGGUUGGAGUGGCAACAGUCUUGGAUGACAAGAACCCCAGUGCGAGGUUUGUGACUGUCCCCCUCAAUCAGCGCGUGGGUAAAGCCAUACUCUGCCGCUUCUCCUUCGCCGACUCCUGGAUGAUGAUGAGUGAGAUCUCCUUCCAGUCUGAUAUGGAGAGCGUCAAUCCCAUUAUGGUGACCGUAGCCCCAAGCACAACGGAACCUCUGGAAGUGGAAUACAAUGUCACCGAGGGGACCUGGGAAACUACGUCCUCUGUAACCAGCACCUGGAUAGGAGAGAAAGCAGAUGACUCUAAAACUUCCAUCCUUGUGGGCUGCCUUGUGGCUAUUAUUCUUCUGCUCCUGAUGAUUAUAAUCAUUAUUCUUUGGAAGCAGUAUGUUCAAAAAAGGUUGGAAAAGGCCCCACGCCGAAUCCUGGAGGAGGAUGCCACAGUUCGUCUCUCCUUCUACAGCUACACCAUUGCCAACAACCAGACCCAGAUUCACCAGUCAAAUCCCACAUAUGAGCGUGCUUUCCCCCUGGACUUGGAAUAUCACCAGCCAGCAACACUACUCCACAAGCUUCCAGAGCUCUCGCAAAGUGCAGAGGAUUCAGUGUGCAGUGGGGACUAUGCUGAGCCUGACCUGACCAAGUCCACUCCUCACCAAGGCUUCCAGAACAACGUUCCUCACUAUGCUGAAACAGAUAUUGUCCACUUGCAAGGUGUGACAGGCAACAACAUGUAUGCGGUGCCAGCCCUCACAGUGGAUUCACUCACCAAAAAGGACAUCUCAGUAGGUGAAUUCCCACGGCAGCAGCUACGACUCAAAGAGAAGCUGGGAGAAGGGCAGUUUGGUGAGGUACACCUGUGUGAAGCUGAUGGUCUGCUGGAAUUUCUGGGAGUCUCUUCCACAGAAUUCACCCGACAACCAGUUCUAGUAGCAGUAAAAAUGCUAAGAUCAGAUGUCAACAAAACAGCCAGAAAUGACUUCCUGAAGGAGAUCAAGAUUAUGUCGCGGCUGAAGAACCCAAAUAUCAUCCGACUCCUGGGCGUGUGUGUGCGUGACGACCCGCUGUGCAUGAUAACGGAGUACAUGGAAAAUGGCGACCUCAAUCAGUUCCUGUCGCAGAGGGAGAUCUACAGUAAAUUUGCUGUUUCAAACAACAUUCCCUGUGUGAGCUAUGCUAACCUGCUGUACAUGGCCACCCAGAUUGCCUCGGGGAUGAAGUAUUUGGCAUCUCUGAAUUUUGUGCACAGAGAUCUGGCCACUCGCAACUGCCUGGUGGGCAACAACUACACCAUCAAGAUUGCAGACUUUGGCAUGAGCAGGAACCUUUACAGUGGGGAUUACUACCGUAUCCAGGGGAGGGCUGUACUGCCCAUACGUUGGAUGGCCUGGGAAAGCAUCCUUCUGGGCAAGUUCACCACAGCCAGUGACGUCUGGGCAUUUGGGGUCACCCUCUGGGAGAUGUUCAUACUGUGUAAGGAGCAACCUUACAGCCUUCUCUCAGAUGAGCAGGUCAUUGAGAACACAGGCGAGUUCUUCCGGAGCCAGGGCAGGCAGCUAUCACGAUGCUUAAAAAGCCUCAUGGGUUGUCUACGAUUUAUCUCUCCCAGACUCCUCUGUGUCCUAACCCAGUGUUUGACCUGAUGCUGAAAUGUUGGAGCAGGGAUAUAAAAGAUCGUCCCACUUUUGACAUGAUUCACCACUUUCUUCUAGAACAGAUGGAAUCAAAUAUUUGACUCAAGAAAAAGAGACAAACUGUGGAGAACUGAGUGACUUUGGUGUCUCUCUUUGCCUGGACCUCAUGGGAAGGUGGUCAGGCUGUCUUGCUCUCCUCCCUUGACUCUAAUCUAUUUAAGUUGAGACAUCCAUGGCAGCUGCUCAUUCUAUUGGCCAUGGUCUGACACACAGGACCAGAGGAUUUUAUUUGGUUGAA